UGUAGGCGCCAUAUUGUCAUUCAGAAUCUCAGAUGCAACACGCACAGAGUACCAAUUUUAGAAUAGAAAGCGAUUGUUUUUAAUAGAAGAUAUAUAACUCCAAAUUGAUCUGUGUUUACUGUUUACUACGCGCGGUGUGAUUGAAAAUCUAAUUUGUUUUGAGUUUUGAAAGAGAAUAAUUAUAAAAAUGGAGGACAUAGAAGCGUGCCGCGUCUGCUUAUCAACGGACACUAAAUUAUUUAAUAUGUUUGAAAAUCUACUUGUGGCGGCUUACGAAAAUGUAUCAGGUCUAAAGAUGUCAUCGACGGACGGGCUACCGCAGUACACAUGCAGCUACUGCAGCACCAUGCUGCUCAAGUACAACUCCUUCAGGGCCAACUGUCAGAAGGCGAACAAACUUCUGAAGCUGCUCUCCAAUCAGGAUGAGGUCACCACAGACAGAAUACGCUGUUUAGAUCUAAAUAAAUACAAACUGGUCACCUCAUACACUAAAACGGCGCCAGAGACCAUAGACUACGUUGAUAUCAUAGUAAAGGAAGAGGUCAACGAUAGUGAAAUAGACUUUGUCAAUGAGGUAGAGAUAGAGUACAAAGAGGAACCCUACUAUGAGAAAUCAGUUGAGGGCGAUGCAAAAAGCGACCUUAAAGCCGACGGCGAUUUGGUCGAGAACGUAUUCAUAAAUGUGACAUACGGCGACGAUAUAGACGUGAUAUUCCUGACCAAGGAACAGCAAAUAGAAGAAGUGCAGUCGAGGAAGAGUUCCUCGAACUAUAUUAAAUCUAGUUACAAAUGUGAUUUAUGCUUUAAAGGGUUUAUGGUGGAGACCACGUAUAGGAACCACAUGAUCCGUCACCAUCCGUCGAGCGGCAGCUUCGAAUGCGACAUAUGUUUAACGAGGUGGCCGAACUUACGAACCCUGAGGGGUCAUUCGAAGCAGUCGCACCAGAUCAAAUAUGUAUGCAAACUGUGCAACUAUGUGUCGAACACUGCGUACAAGGCAAAAGAGCAUUCCAAUUGGCACAAAGGCCACCAUUAUGAAUGCAAAGUAUGCGGCGCCAAAUUCUCAAAAUCAACAAGCCAUUUGACCCACGUGAGGCUGCAGCAUCCGUCGGAGCACGUCUGCGAUAUUUGCGGAGAGUCAUUCAUUGGAGAGAAUGGGCUGAGGAUGCACCACAAGAAGUCCCAUAGAGAUGUCAAGUGUUUAACGGACGAGGCAGCUGUCUGCGCGCUGUGCGGGGUACAAUUCGUUUCAGUGGAAGCUUUGAAUCGGCACACGGACGUCACUGAGAACGGAAUAUGCGAUCCUAAUUUGAUGCCAUGCACUCAGUGCGGCGUUAACUUCGAGAGCGAUGAUGCGUUGCUGGAGCACGUGGGGGAGAUGCACUCCAAGGAGGAUCAUACCAAGUGUGAACCGUGUAACCGAACAUUCGUGAACGAGCGCUCGUACGCUCUCCACCACCAGCGCGUGCACCUCGGCAUCAAGUCGAAGCCGGCCUCCUCGAAGGCGUACGACAACCCCGCCGUCUGCGAGGUCUGCGGCAAGGAGUGCACGUCGAAGUCAACCCUGAUGUACCAUCAGAGGAUACACACGGGCGAGAAGCCGUACGAAUGCUCGCAUUGCUUCAAGCGGUUCAGCGUGCAGCAACGUCUGCAGAUACACAUACGAACACACACGAACGAGCGGCCGUACCAGUGCGCCGUGUGCCCGAAGGCGUUCAAACACAAAGCAGCACUCAACAGGCAUAACAGAGUGCACACCGGCGAUAAGCCCUACCAGUGCCAACACUGCGGGAAAUCUUUCUCACAGUCGAAUUCAAUGAAGGUGCACGUCAAGACAGUGCAUCUGAAGUUGCCAGCACCUUACAGGAGUCGACGGAGGAUGUAGUCCUAUCUCGACACCGUAGAGUCCCAUUAAUGCACGGGAAAAGGGAUAGAUGAGUCUAGCAAUGGAGUCUGACAGACAUAUUGCUAGCAAUGUACCCUAACAGGUCGAGUUCCACGCGGUUCCCCCUGGAAACCAUUGUGGGUUUUUUUUUUAUGAAUUUGUCACGAUGGGCUAACUGACCGGACUUCAUUCUCACCAAUUAUCCCUCACUGGUGCCCCGACAGCGUAUACUGAUAGCGCAGGCGGGGUUACUACUCCAUUAUCACGCAUUGAUAAAAAAGUCCCAGCAGCAGGGGGGUAAUGGAUUUUGUCCCAUUGCUAGCAUUAUACCCUAUCAGUUCGAUCUCCAUGCGGUUCCCCCUGGAAACCAUUGUGCUGAAUUCCAAGUGUAUUCAUCACGAUGGACUAACUGACCUACCUUGUAGGGGGGAAAGGGAUUGUUAGUAAUGGAGACUGAGAAUCCCAUUGCUAGCAAUAUACCCAACCAAGUCCACCUCCUCGCAGUUCUCCCUGGAAACUAUCAUGGUUAAUUCCUGAUGGAUUCAUCAUGAUGGGCUAACUGGCCUGUUUUCAUUCUCAUCUAUCACCCUUCACUGGUGCUCCGCCAGCGUAUCCCGUUAGCGCAGGCGGGGUUGCCAUACCAUUUCCCAUCAAAAAAAAACUGACCUACCUGCCUUUUCAUCCUCACCUAUCAUCCGUCACUGGUGCCCCGCCAGCGUAUACCGUUAGCGCUACCGUUAUAUUGUCAUCCAUUAAGGAGAAAAUGGCGCCAUUUUAAAAUGGCCACGACAACAAGAUGGCGGAUUGUUUUAUAAGCGUGCUUUUUUUUUAUAAUUAUUGUCAAACGUGUUUGUAAAUAUUGAUAUACAUAUAUAAUGUAUGAAAUGACGUGAAUUAUGUAAAUAAAUAAUAAAUAAUGCAUACAAUAAUAAUAACAUUUAUUUAUUGAGACAACAUGACGGCCAUUUUGUUAGUUACAAAUUUACUUAACCUAUUUUCAUCGAGGGCCAAAUUAAAAGUACCCGUAACCGGCGAGCGUGUGUGAAAAGAUUGAUGAGUGUGGAGGAAGCGAAAGAGGUUUGUUUGAAUCGAAGCAUUUGGCGUUCCAUUGUUUCUGCCUACCGUAAUGGGAGACAGGCGUGACAGAUAUGUAUGUAUGUAUGGUGGUGUCAGCGAGUGGUCAUGUUAUUUCUGUUUACUGUACAAAUAAUCUGGUAGUAUUGUUUUAUCGUUACCCUAUUCCCUUUGACCGCAACAGAAUAUCAGUGCUUUGCUCUUUGAGGGCGAAGCGAUAAAGGACUUUCCUGAGGACUCAGAUGUUAUUCCUCUGUACCCAGUAAAUUCACGCCAUAUCGCACCCUUCAAACCGAAACACAGCCAUGCAAACAACUGCUUCACGGUUGAAACACGAAUGGGACAGAGGUGCCCAAGCAAUCGAUGGUAUGAUCACUUUUAUAUUUUUUUUCUGUAUAUAUUGUAAAUAUAAGAUUUUGUGUAUGAAUAAAAUGAUACUGCUGCUC